AUGAUCAACGGUGGUGAUAGGGUGAAAGGUUCAUGGAGCCCACAAGAAGAUGCUAACCUGAUCAAGCUAGUGGAACAGCAUGGCCCAAGGAACUGGUCCAUGAUAAGCUCUGGGAUUCCUGGAAGAUCCGGCAAGUCUUGCCGUCUACGGUGGUGCAACCAACUCAGCCCCGCUGUGCAACAUCGUCCCUUUACGCCUGCGGAGGAUGCUAUUAUUAUCCAAGAACAUGCUGUUCAUGGGAAUAAAUGGGCCACCAUUGCUAGGUUAUUGCCUGGACGUACUGAUAACGCUAUAAAAAAUCAUUGGAACUCGACUUUACGUCGGAAACGAGAAACUGAGUUGUCAUCCGGGUCGUCCGAGUCAAACUCGGCUGUGAAAAGGCCAAGUCAGGACGCGUCCGAGUCUGACUCGGAGAAUAAGAGGCUCUGCUUAGGAAUGGUGUUGCAUGAGCAUGAGAAUGCAGGGUUGGUGGGGCCCAAGACGUUGUUGACGCUGUCUCCGCCGGGGGAGAGCUUUGUCUCGGGACAGGUUGAGGAGAAGGUGGAGGAUGAGGAGGAAGAAGAAGAAGAAGAAGAGGAGGUGGUGGUGAAAAGUGAGGAAGAAGGCGGUGGCGGUGACGAGGAGGAGAAAAGUAGAGCGGUGAUGGAGGAAACUUGCUUGUUGACGAUCAUGCAACGUAUGAUUAAAGAGGAGGUUAGGAGUUACAUUGAUAGAUUAAGAGCUCAUCAAAAUCCAUGAAAAUAUGAGUUAUGUUACUAAAAACUCUAUCUGUGUUUUAUUUCUUUUUUUUAUUAUUUUUUAUUUUAGUUUGUAUUUUGCAAUGCAGUCUGGGAAACCCAGGAUUUGAUCGGGACAUUUUUCCAAUGGAGCAGAAAUCAAAGACAUGUCGCUAAUCUUUGUUUUUGGUUGUUUUACUUUUUUUUUUCUUUUUUUGUUAGCCCCUAGGAAAAUACAAAACAUGGGAUGAGUCGAAUUAAGGUUUCAUAAGAAGCAAAUUAGAAUUUAGAAAUUAACUAGUUUAGAACAUGGAAGACCCGAAGAGAAAUGUUAAAAAAGUGGCUUUGUUAGACAAAAAGUACAAAUACAGUACGCGACUUCAGUGGCUCUGUUUCCUACGGGUCUACGCAGUGACAGAAUCGAAUAGCUGUUCUGAUUCCCGAAUUCGAUAGGAUUUGAUUUGAAAAAGAGGCCUGAAGAACGAAACUUUGACAACAACUCUGAAAACGUUUCUAAUAAAGAUUUCUAUGCAUUUAUUAGCUCGACAAAUUAUCAAAACCAAUAAUAUCUCAAAUUCAUUAAUUAAA